UUCCUCUUCAAACGAACACAUCAAUCCGCCACUGAAGCAUACAUUCUGCGUCAACGUUAUAUUCACCUUGCGAUUCAGCGAGCUGGCGACAAGGACCAGCAUAGCGACCAUCCAUAUCUGCAAUCGCAGCGAUUCCCUCCCCCCUCCCCCUCCCCGAAACCACGGCGAUCCCAAUUGACAUCUCGCCCAGUCACACCUCCCUCCUCUCAUCUUGAUCCGGGCGUUGAGCCCGUGGUGUAUCCACCAUGUCAUCCCAACCCGAGGCUCUGGAAAACAUCUUCUCCCGUCUCGGGAGCAAGUCAGAAGAUGUCCGCGUUGCUGCGGCGGAGGACCUCAAGGCGCAGAUCAACUCAGCAAACAUUGAGUUCCCCGGCGACGACUCGAAGAAGAAUGUGUGGAAGGAGGUGUUUCACCGGACGUUUGAGCUUACAAGGAGCAACACAACGUCUGAGCGCCUGGGCUCGAUAGCAGCGAUCGACGCGAUGCUGGAGGAGACGAACAAUGAUUCGCCCGAUCGAGCGCUUCAAAAUAAUAUUCGCCUCUAUGGAUACCUCAGGCCACUGCUCACAUACCCCGACUCGACUGUCAUGGUCGCCGCGGCGCACGUCGUCGGUAACAUGGUCAAGUUGGCCGGCGCCAACCUCGGCGAGUCCUUCUUCAACAAGGAGGUUGGGCAAGCUAUCCAAAUGAUUGACGACUCAAGGCAAGAAGUAGGGCGGUUCAGUGCCGUCCUCUUGCUCCACCAGUUCGCCGUGUAUGCCCCCAGCCAGUUCUACCCCUUUAUCUCGCGCGUCCUCGAGAAGAUCUGGAUCCCGUUACGCGACAGUAGGACCAUGGUCCGCGAGCGCGCCUCAAUGCUGCUGUCGUCCUGUUUGGACAUCAUGAAGGCUCGUGAAAGGUCCAGCAGCGAAAUCUACCAGGUUAUCUUUGAAGAGGCGAAGAGCGGCCUGCUGAAGGCCAGCUCUGUCGACUCUAUUUUGGGAUCGCUGCUAGCCUUUAGCGCAAUGUUGCAGAACCAGCAAAUUUCUAUGGGCGAGUACUACCGUCAAAUCUGCGAGAUCACGCUCAAGUAUCGCGACAGCAAGGAGACUGUGAUCCGCAAGUCGGUCAUUACUCUCAUCCCUAGUAUGGCGACCUACGACAGCGAUGAAUUUGAGGUGCACUACCUGCACCGAAGCAUGGCAUACCUCCUGCAGGCCCUCAACAAGCCCACCGACAGGGACAUUGCGUAUGUUGCCCUGGGCCACCUCUCGAUUCAGCUGGCGUCCAAAAUGCGUCCCUUCAUCGACGAUAUCGUCAAGAUUAUCAAGGAACAUUUGCGGAUGCGCGGCAAGAAGGGCGCUCCAUUUGAGGCACCCAUCUUCCAGUGUCUCGCCAUGCUCACCACCGCCGUGGGACCGAUGCUCACGAGACAGAUGCAUGAGAUUCUGGAUCUCAUGUUCCCUUGGGGUCUCUCUGAAGCGCUCUACCACGCGCUUGAGGUGAUAUCUAGCCACAUCCCGCCGCUCCUGCGCACCAUCCAGGACCGCCUGCUCGAGACUCUUUCGGUCAUCUUGACUGGCCAUUCCUUCCGGCCACUCGGAGCACCGGUGCGGCGUGCCAAGGGAGGCGAGAUCACUCGUGACGUUGUCAUCCAGGCAUCGGGUGGGGGGCAGUCGCCGGAGACGAUCGCGUUGGCACUCAAGGUGCUUGGCAAUUUCGAUUUUGGUGGUCACACGCUCAAUGAGUUUGUGCAGGAGGCUGCCCUCCCGUACCUCGAGCAUGACAGCCCAGAGGUGCGCAAGGAGGCGGUCUUAGCAUCGACCCAGCUCUUUGUCAACGACCCCAUCUGUAACCAGACUAGCAGCCACGCCAUUGAGAUCGUCAACGACGUCCUGGAGAAGCUGUUGACCGUUGGCAUUACGGACCAGGUUCCAGGCAUCAGGCAAGCCGUGCUUGAAAGCCUCGACGAGAAGUUCGACCGGCACCUCGCCCAGGCCGAGGACAUCCGAUGCCUGUUCGUGGCGCUCAACGAUGAGGAGUUUAAGAUCCGUGAGCUCGCGAUCGGCAUCAUUGGCCGCCUGGCCCACCACAACCCGGCAUAUGUUAUGCCAUCGCUGCGCAAGUCGCUCAUCAACUUGAUUACCGAGCUCGAAUACUCGACAGCCAACAAGCAGAAGGAGGAGAGCGCUAAGCUGCUGUGUCUUUUGAUUGGCGCUUCAUCAAGCCUCGUUAAGUCUUAUGCCUCGACGAUUCUGUCGGUCAUUUUGCGCAUCGCGCGGUCUCCAUCCACGCCAGCAACCGUGACAGCGUCGUGCGUAAACUGCAUUGGCGAGCUUGCGCGCGUAGCGGGCGAGGAGCUUGUCUCCAAUGCGAAGACCAUUAUGGAUCUGCUUCUCGAGCUGUUGAAUGACCCCGCAUCAACAGUAAAACGGAACGCGGCGCUCAAGGCCCUGGGCCAGGUAGUGUCCAACACUGGCGAGGUUAUUACACCGUACAGUGACUACCCACAGCUUCUUGGCAUCCUCUUCCGCAUUCUGCGCCUUGAGACAUCCUCGCAGAUCCGCUUGGAGGCGAUCCGUACGCUGGGUAUGUUGGGUGCCCUGGACCCAUUCAAACAUAAACAAUUGCUCGGCGGCGACAAUGACAACACAACCGAGUCGACUGGUCCGCGCGUGACGGACAUAACACUGUUGAUGAACCAUAACGGCGGUUCAAAUGACGACUACUACCAGAUGGUCGUCAUUAACUCGCUUGUUAAUGUUCUCAAUGACGCCAACAUGAAGGAGCACCAUUACGACGCUAUCAACUCGGUCAUGCUCAUUUUCCGUACUCAGCGCCUGCGCUGUGUUGGGUUCUUGCCUCAAAUCCUGCCUGCCUUCCUCGGUGUCAUUCGUAUGGGCUCCCGUGACUCGCAGGACGUGUUCUUGAAGCAACUCGCCCAGCUCAUCUCCAUCGUUAAGCAGCAUAUUCGCAACUACCUCUCCGAGGUCUUCGCUCUUGUGCACGACUACUGGAACCCCAAUUCGAUGAUGCAGAUCACCAUUAUUUCUCUCGUCGAGGCGAUCGCACGCGCCGUCGAGGGCGAGUUCAAAGCGUACCUUCCACAGCUCCUGCAGCAGAUCCUGCGCACUUUCGACGGAGAUCUGUCCGCGCGCAACCUUACCGACCAGCGGGAGAACACGCUGCUCCACAUCCUGAAGGCGUUCAUUGUUUUCGGCUCUAGCAUCGAGGAUUACCUCCACCUCGUGCUGCCGGUGAUCAUCCGCAGCUUCGAGAAUCCGGCCGCGCCGACGAAGCUACGCAAGGCCGCGCUCACAACCACCGCGCAGUUAUGCCGCAAGGUUAACUUCAGCGACCACGCAUCGCAGAUCAUUCACCCGCUCGUCCGAACGCUCAGCACGCAAGACCCUGAGCUGCGCAACGCGGCAAUGGAGACGCUGUGCGUCUUGGUGCUCCAGUUUGGCCCAGAUUACGCGAUCUUCAUCCCCAUGGUCAACAAGGCCCUGCUCGAGAACAAGAUUGUGUGGCCGAUGUACGAUCAAAUGGUUACAAAGCUGCUCAACCGCGAGCGCCUGCCGCCCGACCUCGGCCCCGUGGAGCAGUACGCCGCCGACUCGAUGAACGAGGUUUCGGUGUCCGCUGAGCAGCACAAGCUUCCGGUCAACCAGCAGCAACUCAAAUCGGCAUGGGACUGCUCACAUGUCGCCACAAAGAAGGAGUGGCUGGAGUGGCUGAAGAGGCUCGGCGUAGAGUUUAUGCGCGAAUCGCCAUCACAAGCCAUUCGUGCGUGCACGAAGCUCGCGGAUCAGCACGGCGCCUUCGCGCGGGAGCUCUUCAAUGUCGCGUUCGUGUCGUGCUGGACCGAGCUCUACGAGAGCUACCAGGAAGACCUUGUGCACCACCUUGAGCAGGCACUCACUAACGAUGGCGUGCCUUCCGAGGUCGUCAACACCGUCCUGAAUCUCGCCGAGUUUAUGGAGCACGACGAUAAGCCGCUGGCGCUGGAGCCGCGUCUCCUUGGCGAUUACGCCACUGCUUUCCACGCAUACGCGAAGGCUCUGCACUACAAGGAACUCGAGUUUUUUGUUGACGCUUCGCCGACCGUCGUGGAGGAUCUCAUUUCGGUGAAUCAAAAGCUGCAGCAGAGCGACGCAGCAUGGGGAACUCUCGAGUACGCCCAAAACAACCUCCAAAUGACGCACGACGUCCUCUGGUACGAAAAGCUCGGCCGCUGGGAAGAGGCGCUCGAGGUGUGGAAUGAGCGCAGCGCCGACCCGGACUCACAGUUUGACGAGCAAGCGCUGGCCAUGGGUAAGUUCCAGGCACUGCAUGCGCUCGGCGAGUGGGAGGAGUUGGCGGACGUCAUCCAGGUUAGAUGGCCCAACGCUGCCGGCGAGGAGAAGAAAACGAUCGCCCCGCUUGGCGCCGCUGCCUCAUGGGCGCUGUACCAGUGGGACAUGAUGGACGACUACAUUUCCGCGAUGAAGACGGACUCGGCCGAUCGCAACUUCUUCAAGGCAAUCUUGGCUGUUCACCGCAACCAGUUCACUUCUGCCAAGAGGCACAUUACCAAGGCUCGCGAGAGAUUGGAUGGCGAACUCACUACUCUCACAGGGGAAAGCUACGGUCGUGCCUACGACGUCAUUGUCCGUGUCCAGAUGUUGUCCGAGCUCGAGGAGAUCAUCUCAUACAAGGACCACGCAGACCAGCCGGAGCGCCAGGCGACUCAACGGCAGACUUGGCACAAGCGUCUCGCUGGUUGUCAGCGUGACGUCGAGGUCUGGCAGCGCAUUCUCCAGGUGCGCUCCCUUGUCCUCACGCCGAGUGAGGACAUGGAGACCUGGAUCAGCUUCGCGGACUUGUGCCGCGUGUCCGACAGACUCAACCUUGCCGAGAAAACGCUCACGUCCCUCGUUGGCAGCUCGUGUAGCAACCUCGACGCGGAGAGUCGAUCUCGUGCACCGCCACCGAUUGUGUUCGCGUACUACCGGCUUAAGUGGGCGCAGGCUGUUGCGGUCGACUCACGCGAUGAGCGCGUUGAGACCCUCGGCUACCUGCACGACUUUACGCAGACCUUGUCUGAUGACAUGGGUUUGGGACCGCGCAACAACCAAGGCCGCCUGAUCCUUCCAGAUGUUAAGCUGUACGGCGAGUACACCAAACUGCUUGCCAGAUGCCACGUCGAGCUCGGCAAGUGGGAGGCAUCAAUGUUGGAACAGGGCUUCACCGCUGCGCCCGCCAGUGUCCUCAGCAACUACGCACUGGCAACUGAACUCGACCCUGACUGGUACCAAGCGUGGCACACAUGGGCACUCGCCAACUUUGAGGUCAUUGGCAGCCUCGAGGUCUCGCAGAGCGGCUUGCAGCCGGCCCACUUUGCGACCUACAUCAUCCCAGCCGUGGAGGGUUUCCUGCGCUCCAUCGCACUAUCACCGGGCAACUCGCUGCAGGACACAUUGCGUUUGCUCACGCUCUGGUUCAAGUAUGGCUACCAGUCGGGCGUCAACCAGGCAAUCCAGCAGGGCAUGGCGUCCGUCAACAUCGACGUCUGGCUUGAGGUCAUCCCGCAGAUCAUUGCGCGAAUUCAGACGCCGCGGCCGACCAUCCGUGAGCUCAUCGUCAGAUUGCUUCACUCGAUCGGACGGGCGCACCCACAGGCGCUCAUUUACCCUCUCACGGUGGCGUCCAAGUCCAAUGUUGCGACCCGCAAGCAGGUCGCGCAGGAUAUCAUGGACAAGAUGCGCGAGCACUCUGCGACCAUCGUAGACCAGGCCGACCUGGUCAGCACCGAGCUGAUUCGUGCUGCCAUUCUGUGGCAUGAGCAAUGGCAUGAAGGAUUGGAGGAGGCUUCGAAGCACUACUUCGCGGACCACAACGAGGAGGCCAUGUUCGAGGUGCUAGAGCCGCUUCACGACAUGAUCGAGAAGGGCCCCGAGACCGUGCGUGAGACCUCGUUCGUUCAGAGCUUCGGCCACGACCUGCGCUUGGCGCGAGACCUUUGCAGACGGUACCGGCAGCAAGGUGACCUGAACGAGCUCAAUCAGGCGUGGGACAUCUACUGCGCCACGUUCCAGCGUCUCGCUAGACAGAUAAAGCUCCUCAACGUCAUCGAGCUGCAGUACGUUUCGCCCAAGCUCAUGAACGUGCGCGACCUCGACCUCGCCGUACCGGGCACGUAUCAGAGUGGCAAGCCCGUCAUCGGCAUCGCCUACGUGCUGCCGACCUUCACCGUUAUCAAUUCGAAGCAGCGCCCGCGUCGUUUCACGAUGCGUGGCCGCGACGGUAAGGAGUACACAUUCGUGCUCAAGGGUCACGAAGACCUGCGUCAGGAUGAGCGUGUCAUGCAGCUCUUCGGCCUGGUCAAUACACUUCUCAGCGCCGAUCAAGAGUCGUCCAAGCGCCACCUCAGCAUCCGCCAGUUCUCUAUCACGCCGCUGUCCCCUGGUGCCGGUCUGCUCGGCUGGGUGCCGCACAGUGAUACACUGCACGCCCUUAUCAAGCACUACCGCGACUCGCGCAAGAUUUUGAUCGACAUCGAGACGCGCCUCAUGAACCAAAUGGCCGACGACAACUACGACUCGUUACCGCUGCUGCAUAAGGUCGAGGUGUUCCAGUACGCGUUGGACAAUACGACGGGACAGGACCUGUAUCGCAUCCUGUGGCUGCGCUCGCGUAACUCCGAGUCGUGGCUUGAGCGGCGUACAACCUACACGCGCUCUUUGGCGCUCACGUCAAUGGUCGGGUACAUCCUUGGUCUGGGUGACCGACACCCUUCUAACCUGAUGCUGGACCAGAUCACGGGCGAGAUUGUGCACAUCGAUUUCGGCGAUUGUUUCGAGGUCGCGAUGCAGCGCGACAAGUACCCGGAGAAGGUACCGUUCCGCCUCACGCGGAUGCUCAUCCACGCGAUGGAGGUGUGCGGAAUCACGGGCACGUUCUCGCGCUCGUGCGAGGUGUCGAUGGAGGUGCUACGCGCCAACAAAGAGUCGCUCAUGGCCGUCCUCGAGGCAUUCGUGUACGACCCACUCAUCAACUGGCGUCUCACGGCGGGCCAGGGCGGGCAGCGGCAGGGCGCACACGACGUCGAGGAGCGCGGCGGGCAACCGUAUGCGGUUCAGCGUGGUGGGCGAGCGGACGAGCGCGACAUCCUCGUGGAGGCGGACCGGCCAGAAGUCAUGAACGACAAAGCGCUGCAGGUUGUCGAGCGCGUGCGUCGCAAGCUCACAGGCCGUGACUUCAAGCCUAAUGUCACGCUCGACAUCAAGGAACAGGUUGAAGAACUCGUUACACAGGCCACGAGUGUUGAGAAUCUUUGUGUUGCGUUUGUUGGAUGGUGUAGCUUCUGGUAGUGCGCCCAAGAAGACAGCGAGAAGGGAAAAUCUGUGGUGGAGAAUUAGUCGUAGUUGUUUGUAUUCCCAUCAUGCAUCGGUCACAAUGU